AGGUGACUGCAUAGUACGAAGUAUAUAUGCUACCUAAUUAACCUAGUUAGGUAUAUAGAGUAAGGUUGUACACGGGCGGUCAGGGGUAAACCAACCACGAUGAGCCACCCACAGGACGAGGUAUACCAGCGCUCGCUAGCGGACCCAGAGGCAUUCUGGGCUUCCCAGGCCUCAAAGCUGCACUGGUACAAGAAGCCGGACUCCGUGCUGACCCAGACGACGCGGAAGCUCGGCAGCGGGGUCGAGCACCCUCACUGGGAGUGGUUUGCCGGCGGCGAGAUAUCGACGUGCUUCAACUGCGUGGACCGCCACGUGCUGGCCGGCAACGGCAGCCAGCCCGCCGUCUUCUACGACAGCCCCGUCACGAAGACGAAGAGGACGAUUACGUAUGCGCAGCUGCUCGACGAGGUCGAGGUCACCGCUGGUGCGCUGAGGGAAGAAGGGGUUAAAAGGGGCGAUGUGGUGUUGGUUUAUAUGCCAAUGAUCCCAGCCGCACUGAUCGGAAUCCUCGCCAUCAACCGGCUCGGCGCAAUCCACGCCGUCGUCUUCGGCGGCUUCGCCGCCGCCUCCCUAGCCCAGCGCAUCGACGCGUCCAAGCCCGUCGCCAUCCUCACAGCCUCGUGCGGGAUCGAUGGGGCCAAGCCGCCCAUGGCGUACAAGCCGUUCAUCACCGAGGCCAUCCAGCUGUCCCGCCACAAGCCGGGCCGCGUGAUAGUCUGGCAGCGGGACGAGCUGCGGUGGGACCCGCUGGACAAGGCGGGCGGCGAGCGCAACUGGUUCAAGAUGGUGCGCAGCUGCAGAGCACGGGGCGUGAAGGCCGAUUGUGUGCCGGUCGGGGCGACCGAUGAGAUCUACAUCAUCUACACGAGCGGAACGACGGGCACGCCGAAGGGCGUCGUACGCCAGGCAGGCGGCCACGCGGUUGGGUUGCACCUCUCCAUAAGCUAUUUGUUCGGUGUUCACGGGCCCGGGGAUGUGAUAUUUACCGCUAGUGAUAUCGGCUGGGUCGUUGGACACUCCUUUAUAAUUUACGGCCCCCUCCUAGCCGGGGCAGCAACGGUCUUGUUCGAAGGAAAGCCCGUCGGAACACCUGACAGUUCGACUUUCUGGCGCAUCGUGCAGGACUACAAAGUGACGAGUCUUUCCACAGCUCCCACCGCUCUCCGAGCUAUCAAAAGAGACGACCCCGAAAACAAAUCCCUUAAGCGGAUAGGCGAGCAAGGCGGCCUGAAAAGCCUCAGGGCACUGUUCCUUGCUGGCGAGAGGUCGGAGCCCUCGAUCAUCACCAUGUACCAGGAGCUUAUACGGCGAUACGGCGCCCCCAAUGCCACGGUGGUAGAUAACUGGUGGUCAUCGGAAUCCGGGUCGCCCAUCUCGGGGAUCAGUCUAGCCGCUUACACGGUCGACUCCCGGCAGGCCAAAAGCCAUAGCUACAAGCCGUUGGCUAUCAAGCCGGGGAGUGCGGGAAAGCCGAUGCCGGGGUUCGACGUUAGGGUGGUAGAUGAUAAGGGUAACGAGGUGAAGAGGGGGAAGAUGGGCAACAUUGUUCUGGCGACCCCGCUUGCGCCGACGGGAUUCACGACGCUGUGGAAAGACGAGGAGAGGUUUUAUAAUGGCUACCUUAAGAGGUUCACUGGGAAGUGGAUUGAUACGGGUGACGCCGGAAUGAUAGAUACUCAGGGGUACAUUAGUAUCAUGAGCCGAAGCGACGAUUUGAUAAAUACUGCGGGCCACCGUCUUUCGACUGCAAUAGGCUCCAUCGAGCAAGCAAUCACCAGCCAUCCUCUGGUCGCCGAAGCCAGUGUAGUCGGCAUCCCCGACUCUCUCAAGGGCCAGCUCCCCUUCGCCUUCAUAACCCUCUCCGUGCCCGAACACCCCACCUCAGCCGUACCCGACUCGGCACUAUUACAAGAGAUCCAAAACCGGGUGCGGAAACAGGUCGGGGGUAUCGCCACGCUGGGCGGCAUAAUACAGGGCAAGGGGAUGAUCCCCAAGACGCGGUCGGGCAAGACGCUGCGCAGGGUGCUGAGAGAAUUGCUCGAGAACGCCGUGCACGGGGAGAUGGAGAACGAGGUCCAGUACCCGGCUACGAUUGAGGAUGUGGCGGUGAUCGAUGUGGCGAGGGCGAAAGUUGCCGAGUACUUUCAGCAUAAAGGGGAUGUUCACAAAGCUAUCGAGACGAGGGCGAAGUUGUAGGCUAGGUACACUGCUCACCUCUGGGCGAGACUGAAGAUGAUAGUACUUCAACUACUUGGGAGGGUUUUGAUUUUUUUUUUCGUCUCUCGCGUGGUGUAAAAGGGAGAAAAUGCCAUUUCUAUUGCGACUGCUAGCGAACGCCUAUGUUUAAUACCGUAUACCUACCUACCUAGAGGUUAGGUACUUACCACCUAAAAUUUAAUUUCUAGAGAUUUCCCUACUCGCUAUCCACUUCUUGUAGUUAGGUACUUGUUAACGAACCCCCAUGGCCCCUUCGAAAUGAGGUCUUUGGGGUUGUCAUAAUCUUCACCCCCUAUACCUGAAGUUG